CGCAUCAUCACCUGAGAUAGGAUGCCUUUUUGAAUUCGAGAUUUCAAAGUGGUGGCGAUCAGCUUUCAUCAAAAUCGUAUUGCUAUUCUUAAACAUGUUCGUUAUCCGCCAUUAAGAAAAGACUGAAGGCAGCAAUACUAUAAGCCUGGUUGUCAACUGGCGCGCGGUUUCAAAGAUGGCACGAGUGUUAAUCAAAAUUCCUUCACUUUCUCUCCUCACAUCAUUACGCCGCUCCUCGAUAUCAUCUUUCCCAUUAUCUCGUAUUUUGAAUUACGAUACGCUAAGGAGCACCAUGGCAUCUGCGCCGCACCCAAAGUUCUCCGCUGGAUCAAACGAAAAGAUGAUCGCAGAUACCCUAUCUCUUGAAUUACUCCCUCCCCAAUCUAGUUGGCGACUCACCCCUUCUGGCGAAGGCAUCCAACGCACUUUCAAAUUUAAGACCUUCAAAGCGGCCUGGUCAUUCAUGGACCGCGUUGCGGCAGAGUGUAAGACAGCCCGUCAUCAUCCUGAGUGGGCCAAUGUGUACAACACUGUGUUCAUUCGCUGGACGACCCAUCAACCUAAAGGUUUGAGCGAGAAAGACGUGGCGAUGGCAAUGUUUUGCGAUGAACACGCUAAAGAGUUGGGAGUGCUUGACGAUGGCGGUGACGUGUGUAUGAUCGGAGAGGGCCCGGAAGGUCUCGCAGAUGGAUUGGCGAAGGCAGCAGGUGAUUGCUGUGUGCCAAAGCACAAGAACAGUAUGUAGGUUAAACAGUCUGUUCGCUUCGAUGAUAUAAACCAUAAUUUGUUACUCGCAUGUCGAGAAUCGAGUUAAGAAGCCACUUCACAUGGCUUGUGUCGAAUUUACAAGGAGAUUAUUCAUUGUUGCUUUAACGUCUCUGUUGAAGAAUUCGAGUUUUCUGCAGCUGCUGUUACAAAUCCUGCACCGUGGAAAGAAGAGGAGAGCCAUCUUCAGAGAAGGCUCUAUAGUAAUGAAAGCGUAAAGACGGUAAAUCAGUUCCGGUGAAAAUAAUUGAGGUUAAGAUGCCAUUUACGAAAAGAGUUUCGUCGGUUUCCCAUUACAUUGACAAAUUCUCUGAGGUAUUAGAAAAAUAUAGUUAAGCAUAGCUACAGGAUGCUUAGGAAAACGGAAUUUCUCAAAGUUGAAGCUUGGUGGGCGUUCGGGUCAGAAGUAGUGACGACAUCCGGUAUCUUCUGUUUGUAACAAGACGACUCAAUUGAAAACUCUUUAAGA